AUGCAAUCAACAUCAUCAAGCAUCUACAGCUCAGGGAGCAGCACCCACUCCUCAAACAAUUCCUCCACAACAACCUCCUCAACCCCUAGCCAACAACAACAACAACAACAACCACCAAAACAAACCUUCCCAAUCGCCUACCCUCCUCCCCUAAAAGCCCCCACCUGCUUCCGCCGCUUCACCCCAAACCUUCUCCUGCAAAUCCAACAACUCUCAACAACAUCAAAUAAGCGCCGCCACAUCCCAAUCCUAGAAGUCUGGCAGCCAUCGAUAUUUAAUACGCGCGUUGCGAAAAAGGUGCCCAAGUUGGGGUCUGGGGAUGUGUAUGUUACGCAGUGUGAGGGGUUUUUGCAUUUGAGGUCGAAUUCGGAGGGGCAGACGGAUAGAGAGCGGGAGGUAAAUGCGGAUGACAAAGAGGUCGAGAGGAGGGUUAUUGGUGUUGUGGCAAGGAAUGCGCAGGAUGAAGGGAAGAGGAUGGUUUAUUUUGAAGAUGGGGUUGGGUGGGAGGCUAGUUCGGGGGAUGGGGUUUAUCGGGUGUCCUUUCAGGAUAGAGUGCUUGAGUGGGAGAAGGAUGUGCAAGGGGAGAGGUUUGUGUUGAGAAUUGCGGAUUCGCGACGGGUGAAGGUUGCGAGGAUGAGUAGGACGAGUGUGGAGAUGGGUUCGUGGGGGAGGAGGGUCAGGGAGUAUCUGAAGGAUGGGCUUAUUUCGGAGUAUGGAGCUGAGACGAAAGAAGAGCUAGAUGGGAGGCUAUGUACCCUGGUACUGAUAUCGGGAGUUUGGGUUGCCGGUCAGGAAGGCUGGAUCAAUACAUCAUGA